UGGGCCAGAGACCAAGAUGGCAGAACUUUUUAUGACGAAAUAGUUGAGAAGGUAACAAUACGACAGGAACGACACCAGAUUUAAAUUAUGAGUAAAACUUACACAAUAAAAGACAAAAACUUCGAAGUGAAGUUUGUUGUAGAUAAACGAUACAAUGUUCUUGAAAAUAUCGGCUGUGGGGCCUACGGGAUUGUCUGCUCAGCAAUUGAUACGGAAACAGAGAAAAAAGUUGCAAUCAAGAAGAUACCAACAGCUUUGGACGUAUUGACAAUUGCAAAAAGAACUUAUCGCGAACUGAAGAUAUUGAAACACUUUAAUCACGACAAUAUUAUCGCAAUAAGGAACAUUUUACGUCCAUCUGAAGACAUAGCGUUGUUUAGUGAUGUAUAUGUCGUAUUUGAUAUGAUGGAAACAGACCUGCAUCGCAUUAUUCAUUCCGAUCAACCAUUGACUGACGAGCAUAUAAGAUACUUUCUGUACCAACUGCUUCGAGGGCUGAAAUAUAUACAUUCAGCAAAUGUUCUCCAUAGAGAUCUUAAACCCAGUAACUUAUUGGUAAAUGAGGACUGUGAAUUGAAAAUUGGUGAUUUUGGAAUGGCAAGAGGUUUAGAUUCAUCACCUACUGAGCAAAAGCGUGUUAUGACCGAAUAUGUGGCAACACGGUGGUACCGGGCGCCGGAGCUAAUGCUCUCUCUCAGUGAGUACUCACAAGCAAUGGAUAUAUGGUCUGUUGGUUGCAUAUUUGCUGAAAUGCUGGGAAGGAAACCUCUAUUUCCAGGAACAAAUUAUCUUAAUCAAUUGCAGUUAAUACUUAGUGUUGUUGGUACACCCUCAGAGAAUUUCUCAUCAAGAAUGGGAGCUGAGCGCGUGAAGACAUACAUCAACAAGCUGCCAAAAAAGGAACCGGUUCAGUUUAACAAAAUAUAUGAAAAUGCCAAUCCAAUUAGCUUAAGACUUCUGGAAAAAAUGUUGCAGCUGGACCCGUUGCAACGAGUAACCGCAGCUGAGGCUUUGGAACACGAGUACUUGGAAAAAUACCAUGAUAUGGAUGAUGAGCCUUGUUGCAUUUCACCAUUUGAUUUUUCAUUUGAUAGUCAGAAUGUGAGUAAGGAAUCUUUGAAGAAACAGAUAUUGAAAGAGAUAGAAUUCUAUAACAGUCCAAAUCAAAUCAGAUCUUCAAUAUCAGACAAAAGCUACACUAACAUACCUGUUCAAUAUGAGCAAAAAAUUAUAAAAAAAGCUGAUGGUUCUUCAAACAAUAAGCGAAAACAGGAACCAAAAGAGGCCAAUAAUAACUCUAGCAAAAGGAAGUAUUUCAAAAAGAGUGGAACAAUUGAAAACAAAACGGACAAAUCUUGCGGUGUUUCGGAACUUAGUGAUAACGACAAGAAACUCCUUGAUCGCUGGAAAAACAUGGCAGCACAGACUAAACCUUUUAUUCAUCCGAUAAGAAAGUACAUGGAAGAAAUAAAAGCUUUGAAAGGGGAACAACAUUUGACGACGGGAAAAUUUCAACAAAAUACCUAUCAGGUUGUGAAGCAGAAUGGCGUUUCUUAUCAGUUUACAAAUUAUGAGAAAGGAGAUGGAAAAGAACAGUUGAAAGCUGUUAAAACAUCUGGGAUUAUCGACUAUCCUGGGACCAUCACUGCAUUGACAAAAACCAUGUCAGGUGCUUCGCAAAUUGCCCCAUUGGAUGAAACAAUCGCGCAGAGAACACGUGUUGAAAAAACAACAUUAAAUAAUGCAACUGUUGAACAGAUGUUAGCUCCACCGCAGGUAACAAAAGAAUAUGGCUCGAAUCUCGGUUCCAAGGCCAGCUUAACAACACAGUUAGAACGACAAUGUCUUGAGCCUACAUUAAACGUUACUCGUACAUCUCAGGCAUUCCCAGAAAACUGUGUAGUUAAUGAGUCCUUACAACCACCCUUGGUGUCUACCGCUAUUCCGUUGAAGAAUGCAGCGAGUAGAAAAACGAAUAUGUUAGGUAAUACUCUUAAUACUGGUGAACCUGCAAUGAAAUUGAACAACAACGCUAUACCUCAGAUGGGUAUAGAAACAGAAAAGAUGACGAACUGGCCGACUUUAAGGCACGAUGAAAUUGUCCAUAAUGGAUCUAAGGGAAUUGAUAGAUCUCAAAAUUUACUACAAGAAAAUGUUCCAAUUCAUUCAAAGAAUCAGGCUUUCAACUUAACACAAGCGGACAUGCUUUAUGCCAAUCCUGUUGGAAAUGAAAGACGCGAGACUUCGACAGAUUCCUCGGAAAGCAUCAUUUCUGUUAUAAGAAGCAUUCCAAAUGAUGGAAGGAACAUGACAAAAAAUGCAAAUAUCAUUGUUGAAGGACAAGUCUAUGAGCCUACAGCAAUCGCAAGCAAAACACUCGACACAAAGUCUGUAGAUAUUUCUCUUACUUUGCCUUCAGAACUUAAUGCUAUUGGACAAAAAUCUUUCAAUCUUAUCGAUUUCAUUGCGAAUAACAAUUCUUCAACGAGAUGUUCAGAGGUUUUGAUUUCGAACGAGAGCUGCAAUUUAAAUAGAUUUGCUGGUAGAACAUUUCAAGACGGUCUAAACGUUGACGUCAUGAACCCUGACUCAAUGACAUUGCCCCUCACACCACGUGGAUCGUGUGGUUCCGGUUAUGGUCUGGGUCUUGAUGUGGACGAGUUCCUGAACAGUGAAGAUGGACAGAGAAUGUUUCGUUCUUUUCGUGAUCCGAGUAACAUGGAACCCAGUCCACCACUCUCUGCAUCUCUGUUGAAUGCUUGGCUUCCCGAUAAUGCCAUUGCUCCUGUUGACGUCACUGAAAUCCAAAACGAACUCGAGUCCGCCGCGUUGUGGGCGUUGUUUGAGGGAGAAACAGUUGAAACUUUUGUAUCUUGAAAAAUUAAUGUGUUGAUGGUAAUGUCGAAUUUACCAAUCUUCUUUUCAAGCAAUUUUAUUUUAUAGCUGACUGAUUUUUCUGUCUUCAAUUGAUAGUGAGUAAAACUGUAUUUUAUUCCA